AUGGAAACCCCGUCGGGUGUCCAACUCGUGGCAUUUUCCGAUGAUGUGUGCGUCAUAGGCAUUGCCCGCACAGGAGAAGCAGCCGCUACCCUGCUCAAUCCUGUGUUAGCUAAGGUAUCGGCUUGGAUAGAACAAAACAGACUGAAGCUAGCCCCCACCAAAACUGAGAUUGUAGUUCUGACAAGGAAAAACAAAUAUGACAACCCGGAGCUUCUGGUUGAAGGACACAUAAAUAAAAUGACUAAUAGAACUAGCAAUGUGUGGAAGUUUUUCACUAAAGACAAUGAUAAAACUGCAACGUGUUCACUAUGUCAAAAAAAGAUCAAAACAUCAGGUAACACAUCUAAUUUGAACGGCCAUUUAAAAAGCAAACACAAAAAUGCUUUGGCUAUUAUUGCUAAUAAGGAUAAUCUGGAUAAUCCUGAACCUGAGGCAUCGACUUCUAGUCUGGAUAAUCCUGAACCUGAGGCAUCGACUUCUAAGAUCCCUGAUGUACCUAGUACAAGUGAAAAAACUAAGGACAAUCAUGUAUCAAAUGAAAUGUUUAUGGGCGCAUUUAAGCGGCAAAAAACAAUUGCUGAAUCGUUUGGUGUUAUGACAAGUUUCAAAGAAGGUGGAGUAAAAUCGGAUAAACUUAUUCAAGCAAUAAUGUAUAUGAUUUGUAAGGACAACCAGCCUAUAAGUAUUGUUGAGGAUGAAGGAUUCAAGUACUUAAUGAAAACAGUAUCGCCAAAUUUUAAAAUACCUAGUCGAAGAUACAUUUCCCGCAAAAUUUAUGACAAAUAUGAUAUUAUGAAGGAGAUUGUUAUGACAAAAUUCAAAAAUAUUCAACAUUUUACUCUUACAACAGACAUUUGGACUGAUAUUCAAACCAGGAGUUACAUUGGUGUUACUAUUCAUUUUGUUGAAGAAUAUACACUAAAUUCUGCUUUGUUAGGAGUUUAUGAAUUAGAUGCAAGGCAUACAAGUGAAUACAUAGCAACCAAAUUGGUUGAAGUGUGUAAAGAAUGGAACAUUUCUAAACAAAAUAUAAUUGCUGUGGUAACUGAUGGAGCAGCUAAUAUGUCGAAAGCGAUUGAAUUAUCAUAUGGAAAAAAACGCCAUAUAUUAUGUUUUGCACACACAUUAAAUCUUGUUGCACAGCAUGCCAUUUCAAGUGUCCCUGAACUCACACAUUUAAUUUCAAAUGUAAAAAACAUUGUGAGAUGGUUUAAACAGAGUGUUGUAGCAAGUGAUGAAUUAAGGAAAGCGACCAAAGGUGAGGGAAAAUUACUCCAAGAAGUACCUACAAGGUGGAAUAGUACUUUUUACAUGCUUGAACGUUUCAUUAGUUUAAGCAACAUAGUUAAUGAUAUUGUGCAUAGACACAUUACAGCUCCACCUAUGAUUUCAGCCAAAGAAAUUAAAGAUAUUUCUGAAAUAAUCGACAUUUUAAGACCACUAGAAGCAGCUACCAAACAACUUUGUGGCCAAAAAUUUGUGACAACCAGUAUGGUUAUUCCCAUGAUCUACAUGAUGACAAAAAACAUUAAUCAAUUUGAACCCACACAGCAGAUAGGUGCUCAGCUUAAAGCAGGAAUUUUGCACAACUGUGAACAGAGAUUUUGUGCAGCGGAGAAUGUUGCUCUUUUAGGCAUGUCAACAAUUUUAGACCCUCGUUUCAAAAAAAUUUAUUUCAAAGAUCCAUUAGCUUUAUCUAACAUGCUAAAAUAUAUUUCUGACGAGAUAAAGCAAAACAAUUAUGUUAGUGAGAGCUCUUCUGAUGAUGACAUCUUAGACCCUGAUGUGGCAAAACCAUUCGAUUUGUGGCAAGAUCACGAACAAAUUGUACAACAAUCUUCUGGUCGCAGAGGACUGCGUCAGAUAAAUGAAAUAGGAUUCCCAAGCGAGCUUAAUUUAUAUUUAAAAUCCAGUGUUGCACGAUUAUCUGACAAUCCACUCCAAAUUUGGAAAGAAAUGACAAGCGUCUAUCCAAUCUUAUCGAAAAUUGCAAUCAAAUACUUAUCAACAGUAGCUACUUCUGUGCCUAGUGAGAGAUUGUUUUCAAAAGCUGGGCUGACACUAAAUAAACAAAGAAACCGGCUUACUUCAAAACACCUGAAUAAAUUAUUAUUUUUGCAAUCAAUUGAUAAGACAUUGUGGUCAUUAUGA